AUAGCUCCCGCGUUUAUCAUUCGUGCUUUUUGGCUUCUGCUUUCUUGCUUAACUUAGAAGUCUCCGAUGGCGUCGCCAAUCGCCAUCGUCAACACAGUCCCUUCUUCUUCUUCUUCUCCUCCUCCUCCUCCUCCUCCUCCUCUUGCGUAGAGCUCAAGCUGAGACAAACCCGCGAAGGGAAAUGGAGAUGCAGCAGCUCCUGAGCAUGGGCUUCUCCGACGAAUUGGCCGCCGAAGCGCUCGCUGCCACCGGCGGCAAGUCCACCCUCCAGGCCACCGAGUGGAUCCUCGCCCAGCGGUCGUCCUCCUCCACCUCACCACCGGCAGCCGCCGCCGCCGCCGCCAGCCCUAACCCUAACGCUGGGCCCAAUCCCAACCCGCCGCCGUUCCAGCCCAAGCUCGACCGGUUCUUCCACUUCCACUCCAGGCCCUCCUCCAAUCCUUCGCCCCCUUCUCCUCCGCCUCGGACCGAGGCGCGGCCGCGGGACGGCUCGCCGACCCCGACUCCGCCCGAUGCCAAGCGCCCCAGGCUCUUUCUGCCGCAGAACCCGCAAUCCGUUGUUCCCGGAGGAGCGGCGGAGGGGAAGGUUCCGUCGCCGCACGAGCCCUUGGCGGAGCGGAUGCGGCCGCGGACCGUCGACGAAGUGGUCGGGCAGGACCAUUUGCUGGGCGGGAGCUCGCUCCUGCGCUCGGCGAUCGCCGCCGAUCGCCUGCCCUCCAUCGUUCUCUGGGGCCCUCCAGGUACGGGCAAGACCUCCAUAGCUAAGGCCAUUACGAAUUCGUCUUCGCGGGCCACGGUGUAUCGGUUCAUUUCUCUGUCUGCCGUGACCUGUGGGGUUAAGGAAGUGAGGGACGCGGUCGAGGAGGCGAGGAAGGCGAGAGCCAAGAGUAACAAGAGGACUGUGCUGUUUAUGGAUGAGGUGCAUAGGUUUAACAAGUCGCAGCAGGACUCGUUCUUGCCGGUGAUCGAAGACGGGAGCAUCGUGUUCAUGGGUGCCACCACGGAGAACCCGUCUUUCCAUUUGAUCACGCCAUUGUUGUCUCGCUGCAGGGUCCUCACUCUCAACCCUCUGAAGCCCCACCACAUAGUCUCGCUCCUUAAGCGGGCGAUAGGCGAUUCGGAGAAGGGAUUAGCGAGGAGUGCCGAUAUGAACGUGGAGGCGAAGGUGGAUGCGGUUGAGUUUCUGUCCGCUAAUUGUGACGGCGAUGCCCGGGUGGCGUUGAAUGCCUUGGAGAUUUCGGCCAUAACUGCUGCUAUGCGGGUGUCCACGCAGCGGUCAAAAUUGAAGGGUGUGAAGGAAAGCUCUGAUGGCAAUUUGUUGGAAGAUGUGGAAAAUGGGAUUGGUCCGCUUGCAGCAAUCGUUACACUGGAUGAUGUGAAGGAGGCACUUCAGUGUAAGCACCUAGCUUACGAUAAAGCUGGAGACGAGCAUUACAAUCUAAUUAGCGCACUUCACAAGUCUAUGAGGGGAAGUGAUGCGGAUGCUGCCAUUUACUGGUUGGCGAGAAUGCUGGAAGGAGGCGAACAGCCUCUUUACAUUGCGCGGCGAUUGAUCAGGUUUGCAAGCGAGGAUGUUGGUUUGGCCGACCCGUUGGCUCUUAAUCAGGCCGUUUCCUGUUACCAGGCUUGCCAUUUCAUAGGGAUGCCAGAAUGCAAUGUGAUUCUUGCACAGUGCGCCGCCUACUUGGCUUUGGCUCCGAAAUCAAUCUCCGUUUAUCGAGCGAUAGGAGCUGCGCAGAAGGUAGUGAGAGAAUCGGUUGGGCAAAAUGAGGGAGUCCCGCUGCAUCUCAGAAAUGCGCCUACUAAGCUGAUGAAGGAAAUCGGAUAUGGGAAAGGGUACAUAUAUACUCCUGAUAAUCCUCAGGCGGCGCAAAGCUACCUGCCACCCUCACUUCAAGGGUACAAAUUCCUGGACUGGCCGAGUGUUAACGCCCAUGAGAAAUGAGGAGCUCUUAAGCUUCCACAAAGCAGUCUUUGGAGCCGUAACUUUUGCUCGUUAGGCACUUUUGUGUAUUCCCAAAUUUUGUUUGGUUGAACGAGUUAAGAGCCUUUUUUGACGUCGCGUUUAUAAUUGCGUGGUUUGUUUUGCAGAAGGUUGAUAACAAGUACUGUAAAGUAUCUUCAGGCUGUAAUUAUGAAGUUUAUGAACACGAGAAUAGACGCCGAAUGUGCAGACUCUUUCCUAACUACACCUAGAGUGCUCAUAUACUAAUACUACCCUGCUCCUUUUAAGACAGUUCGACGACUGAGACGAUUAUCUUCUCAUGCUCUGGCA